UACUGGGAAGCGGAAGAGGAAGAAGCGUUGCCGGGCUACGCCGGCGGCUCCCGCUCCAGUUUCUGCUCCUGAGGUGGCGGCAGCUUCUCUGCGCGUGCUGCGCCCCAGCGUUCGGCAUGAGCAUCCUCGCGAGGACCCGCGCGAGGCUACUUCCUCCGGCCGGGCGCUGGGUUAUUCCUUUCCUUUGGAAAGUGAAGUACUUCAGCUCAGGAAGGGAGUCAGCAGAAAGCAAUCCCGUUACUCCAAUGCUGCGGCACCUCGCAUACAAAAUAAAGGCAACUGGCCCCAUUACAGUGGCUGAAUACAUGAAGGAAGUCUUGACUAACCCAGCCAAGGGCUAUUAUGUACACCAAGAUAUGAUAGGAGAAAGAGGAGACUUUAUUACUUCACCUGAAAUAAGUCAGAUCUUUGGAGAGUUACUAGGAAUAUGGUACAUUAGUGAGUGGAUGGCCACUGGAAAAAGCUCAACUUUCCAGUUGGUGGAACUAGGCCCAGGUAGGGGCACUCUUACUGGUGAUAUUUUGAGGGUCUUCAAUCAGCUUGGUUCUGUGCUGAAAGACUGUGACAUUUCUGUACAUUUAGUGGAAGUAAGCCAAAAACUAAGUGAAAUCCAAGCCCUGACACUGACUGAUAAGAAGAUUGCCCUAGAGCAUGAUGCUGAAUCACCAGUGUACAUGAAAGGUAUCACUAAAUCUGGAAUCCCCAUUUCCUGGUACCGGAAUCUGCAAGAUGUGCCACAAGGUCACAGCUAUUAUUUAGCACAUGAAUUUUUUGAUGCUCUUCCAGUGCAUAAGUUUCAGAAAACCCCGCAAGGAUGGCGUGAAGUGUUGGUUGAUGUAGACCCACAGGAUUCUGACAAACUGAGGUUUGUUUUGGCUCCUUCUGCCACCCCAGCAGAAACCUUUAUUCAGCCCAAGGAAACAAGGGAUCAUGUGGAGGUGUGUCCUGAUGCUGGUGUUAUCAUUCAGUUACUUUCUGAACGUAUUGAAGAGAACGGGGGCGCUGCUCUGAUUGCUGAUUAUGGCCAUGAUGGGACAAAGAUGGACACUUUCAGAGGCUUUUGUGGUCACAAGCUUCAUGAUGUCUUAACUGCCCCAGGAACAGCAGACCUAACUGCUGAUGUAGACUUCAGCUAUUUGCGUAGAAUGACUCAAGGGAAAGUGGCCUCCUUGGGACCCAUACAGCAACAGAGUUUUUUAAAAAAUAUGGGCAUUGAUGUUCGACUGAAGGUUCUUUUGGACAAUUCAAGUGACACAGCUACACGGCAACAGCUAAUUCAUGGUUAUGAUAUGCUAAUGAAUCCCAAGAAGAUGGGAGAACGAUUUCAUUUUUUUGCCUUACUACCUCAUCACAGACUUUCAAGUGAAAACACGUGCAAAUCAAAAUCAUUACCCUCACCUGUAGCUGGCUUUGAAGAACUAGUUUGGAAGUGAAACCUCAGCUGGGACUUUUCUCUGUGUGCUCACCUCCUUCCUCCCCACCCUUGCCUCUCAAAUAGCUCCUUUCCCAUAUUGAGUUCUUCCCACAAAAAGAAAAACUAAAAUUUAGUUUUCAACUUUGUACUAUACGUAAAUUAUCUCAAAAUCACUGCCUUACUGUAAUAAUAAUAAUAAUUAAAAUUAUUAAGAUGUAUUUGCUUCUGAAAAGGUCAUGAAAUAUUGAAAUUUUGUGUGGAUUUUGGAUAUGAAUGUAUAUGCACUCAUCUGUUGUCUUAGGUGUAACAGUGAAUUUGCUAUGAGAAUGGGAAUUUCCUUUUAUUAAUAAAAAUAGUUGAUGACCUUAAUUUUUUUUCUUCACUUAUUACUCUUGGAAUGUGAGUCUUCUAAGUAGCAAGUAAGAUGCAUACUACUACUUAAGUAGAAAUUUUCCAAGGUGAAUCACACUCCUCUCCUUUCUAGCAUCCAAGUUUUAUGUUUAAUAUUGUACAUGAACUUCAGCAAGAAGCAAGCACAAAAAAUGUUCAUUGUACUUACUUGAAAAUAUGAUGCAGAAAAAUAAAACAAAGCCCCAGACUAUGAAUCUCAUAUCACGUUAGCACUUAGCUCAGUAGGUAAAAACUUGUUUUAUGAGUUGAAAGUAGGAGGAAAUAACCCAUAUCUUGUUCUAAAAGAAAAUUACAAGUCCAUCGUUAUGAGAUGCCUCCUUGACUAAGGACAUUCCCAUCUUAGAAGUGGGAUGGAUAGUAUGUGUGUUUAUAUUCCACACUUAAAGAAAAAAAUAUUUGAUUAGAGGGAGAAUUUUGUAAAGUUAGCCCCUGAGAACAUAAUGGGGAAAGGAAAUCUGAGUACUGUUCAGUUCUGUAAUUUAAGUCAGGAUAGGGAGUUGCCCUCAAAACCAGUAGACCUCAGUUCAAAUCUUCCUUCUGAGUAAUGCUGGUUGUGUGACCCCGAUGAAGUCACUUAACUAACCUCUGUGCUCCUGGCCAAAAGUAUCAAACACACAACACUCCUGAGUACCUCCCAAACCACAUUAAAAGGAUAUUGGACCAUCAACAGUGUGUGUUGAUCAGCUGUGAUGAACUAGAUUCUUCUCACCAAUGCAAUGGAACAGGAGAGUUCUAGGGGACUCAUGAUGGAAG